AUAAGGACCUAGCUGUAAUGUAACAUCCAUAGAUCUCAAAUAUAUCGGAGUUGAAAUCCAACAAUGUCACGGCUAUUACUCUGUGUCGUUUUUUCUGGAUUUCUUGUCGUCACCAUCUGCGAAGGGAGUCUCAGCGUCGAUAACCGAGGCCUGGACAUCAUCUUUGCUGUCGAUACCUCGUCCAGUAUUGGGUCAGAAUCGCUCGACUUUGCAAAACGAUUUAUGUCAAUCCUAGUCCAAAAAUAUGGCGUGUCUGCAGAUAGAGAAGGAGGCAAAAAUGGUACCCGGUUCGCUAUUUUAACGUUUGCAAGCACCGCAAAUCUACAUCUUCAAAUUGAUGACAAGAAUGUGCGCACGGUGGACUCAACCAUUGCCAAAAUCAACGAAAUAACGACAACUGGGGGUGGCACAUCUUUUUCAAGUGUUCUAAACACCAUCAUCAUACGAAUCCAUCUCAGUAAGAUAGUCGGUAGUCAACGAGCAGGUCAUGGAACUAACAAAGCUCUAUUCCUGAUCACCGACGGUGAGCAGACGGUUAAAGAACGCGACAGUCUAAAUCAUAAAUUGAUUCUUUUGAAGGAAGAAGGAUACGAGCUCUUCACGGUUGGAAUUGGAAGGAACAUUAACAAACUCAUGCUGAAGGAAAUAGCCAGCGAGCCAACAAAAGAUCACAUUUUCCUGAUAAGAAAAUUCAAUGAUCUGAAAUAUAUAGGAGACAUACUUUCAUCUACUUUCAACGAUUACGGAAAAUGUGGAAUUUCGGGGAGCACAGAAAUAACAGAAGGCACGGACAAUAGUAAGAAGGGGGCGUGGCCUUGGGUUGGCUGGUUAAGUGCUCACAGCAAGACAUGUGGGGGCGUUCUACUUUGUGCACGAUAUUUCAUGACGUCAGCCAGAUGCGUGUCGGACGUUAGCGAAACAGGACAAGUGAUUCCCUACACUCGAAACGGGAUAACCGUGAACCUCGGGGAUUCGCGGUUGUAUCAAGGUGAUGACGAGCAGGUGAUGCCAAUUGUCAAGGGUGUCAAUAUUCACCCGAACUACACUGGCGUCCCUAACGAGCAUGACAUCCGAGAUUAUGAUGUGGCUAUCCUCGAUUUUGGAGAGGACGAUAGAACACAACCACCUCUAAACAAGUUUAUCAAACCGAUAUGCUUUCCGUUUAGAAAAUUAUGCAGGUACUCGCUCGAGAGGUUGAAGUCUUCGAAAGUGCUGGAUGGCGAGGCCCAUGGGUUCACAGUCGGCUGGGGUCUCUCCCCGUCUUUUACCCGACAGCUACCCUGGGUAAAACAGAAGCAGAACCGACGGGAAAUCCAAUCUGACUUCAUAUGUGGGCGUCAGUACCCAGACCUGGAUACUGACAGAUACUUCUGUGUCGGAAAUAUAAGAAAGGAAGGCGAUUCCUGUAGAGGUGAUAUUGGUGGCGCGUACAUGGCCGAACUUAGAGCAAAGCGCUAUAGCGCGUUUGGAAUCGCCCAGAGGACGUACGACUGUCAAGAGCAUCGCCAUUUCAGCAUCUUCCUUGACCUGCAUCACCCUUCAAUUACCGAAUGGGCUCUUCCAAUCCUUGGUCGCUGUAAUCGAUUGGGCAGCGCUGAGGAUGAAGAGAAGGAAGCGGAGAAAGAGCGUGCUCAAAAGAAAACUGAGGAGACGAAUCUUCUUAAAAAAGCGGGGUAAAAAAAUGGCGCGAACGAUCGAAGAAAGACUGAUAAGGCUAACGGUAAGAAGGAAAAUGAGAAAAAAAGGUCGCCGAAAGAAAACGUAAACGAGAUGAAAACUUGAAACACCUGCGCAAAAUCAAUUGUGUUGUAAUAAAUACUGGAAGCGUACGUUUUGUGCUUGAAUGAGAUGUUUUGUAAAACCAUGUUGUACAUAUCUGUAUUAUAAUAAUUAAUUGAUAUGGCGGAUUUCACUUUUAUGUCUAGUAUUUUUAUUUUUAAGACUAUGUUUCAAAACUGGCAUAAAUAUUCACCUGUGAAGAAACACAGGAUAUUUGUUGAUUUCAGUGUAAGAUCGUAAUAGAAAAACACAUAUUCAUGAAAAUAUCUAUGAUCAAGAAUGAAAUAAAGUACGAUCUAACACUGAAAUCAACAUUUUUUUCUGUUGCUAUUAUGCGUUGUUUCAGUGUUUUAUUAGUGUUUUAAUUUAUUUUUCUAAUUACCCCCUUUUUGGAAUACCCCAUUUGCUACUCUGCAACUCAUUGGAGCCCCUCACGCGUAAUUUUAAUCGACGAUGACGUAUAAUGUUUUCCCUUCGCCGGCUGGUUGAUAAAUAGUUCAUCAUUUCUUUGUUUAUUUUUUUUUCUUUUACAGUGUUAAGGUGCAAACAGUUUUUAAAUAUUCAUCUAUAAACUUUCAUAUAUGCUUUGAUGUUCCUAAAACUAACAACAAUAGGUGCAUACAUUCUUUUGAACAGAACAUAAAAACAUUGACCAUAUAACACUUUUCGCCAUUUACUUAAUACAUAUGUGUAAUGUGAAUGUCUAAACAAAACAAAUAUGGAUUAACAUUGGCUUAAACACAUUUUUUCCAAGUUUCAGAGUUUGUUACACGAAUAUGAUUUAUUCAGAAUCGACUUCAGAGGUCAGUCUUAUUCGCUUUUUGACGGCUUGUUUCCAUGAUAGAAUGAAGACAACGCUUCGAUGAUAUGAUUUGAUGAGUGGUGGAGUGUUUAGAGCAUAUGUUAAUUGCUGUGUGAAGUUUCAAGGAAAUUCGUUAAACUUUGUCAGAGACUUCGUAAAGAUAUUGAGUGGAGCAUAGAACAACGAAUUUAUAUUCGAUCAUUUGUUUUCGCCUAAUGUUUUGUACGAAAAGCAUUCAUCUUCAACAAAACGUUUAAUGAACUGGAUAGCCAAUAUCCUUAUAAAUGGCAAGAUGUUUUCAUUUCCAAAAAAUCUUCAUUCAAACAAAUGAAAUAUUUUGUUAAGUUCAAGAUAUCAUUUUGAAAUACCUUACUGGUUCUAGAGUGAGUUUGUCCAUAUUGAUCUAAGGGAAGUAACUGCAAUUGAUUUUAAAGUUAGUUAUUUAAGUUGAUGUUUACUCUACUAGCUUGGCAGUGAAAAUAAUUGUUUUAGUGCAGUUAUUCUACUGGAAUUUUUAUAUUUCACCUAAAAUCAUUAAAGAGAAAUAGGUCAUCCAUGCUUGAUUGUGUUAUUUUUAAGCUUUGCUCAUUGCAUGUAUCGUUUUGCCGCUUAAAAUUGUUCUUCUAGAAUCACAAAUGAUCGAAUUUCUAACUGCAAACCGAUUUUUAUACAUGUAUUUAGUUCGAAUGGUGACUCGAUUUAUAUGUUUUGUCACUCUUUAUAUACUAUCAUCGAAACAAUAGUUUACUUAUCAAAAGUGUCAACUUUGUUUACAUUCUUUAUACUAAAUGAAUUUUAUUUAAUUAAACUCACUUGUGUGGUGUCAAGGAAUUUAUCCAGGACAUCAGAUUUCAAUUUGUUUCUUUAUAGUCUGCAAUUUUGAACUCGGCUCCAGAAUUCAAGCAUGCGUAGUUUGAAGAUGACAUAAAGCUUAGAUGUCCAGAAACGGAAAACACAAGAAAGAGAGAGUAUUUUUGUCCAUCCAGCGAAACACUGCUUCCUACCUGGGAUCAUGACUGUUGUCUGUUGUGAAGCUAACUUUGACUGCCAAAGGGGCGUCAUAUUAGAUAAAUAAUAUUGCCAAAGAACUGUGUUUGUCCGUUUGUGUAAAGAUAUAACUACUAGUAUUCAGUUCCAAAUACCUUUGCCGAGUAGG